CGCCGUAGUUCUCGCGAGAUCUGCGUCCUGUCCUUUUUCCGCGGAUCCAGCGCCGAGAUGUCUCUCGUGAUCCCAGAGAAGUUCCAGCACAUUCUUCGUGUUCUCAACACGAACAUCGAUGGUAGGAGGAAGAUCGCCUUCGCCAUCACUGCUAUCAAGGGUGUUGGCAGACGAUAUGCCCACGUCGUCCUGAGGAAGGCAGACAUCGACCUCAACAAGAGGGCUGGAGAGCUCACUGAAGAUGAGGUUGAGAGGGUUGUGACAAUUAUGCAGAAUCCUCGCCAGUACAAAAUCCCUGACUGGUUCCUGAACAGGCAGAAGGACAUUAAGGAUGGCAAAUACAGCCAGGUCCUGGCCAACGGUCUGGAUAACAAACUGAGAGAAGACUUGGAGAGGCUGAAGAAGAUCAGGGCCCACCGUGGUCUCAGGCACUUCUGGGGUCUGCGUGUGCGCGGUCAGCACACUAAGACCACCGGCCGUCGUGGACGUACCGUCGGUGUGUCCAAGAAGAAGUAAUCGCUCUCCCUGCUCCCCUGGUGUCAAUAAAAUCACACUGUUCAUAAGAAA